UUCAGACUUUCUAGUUCUUCUAGAUUCAGUUUUGGGUCAGCAAGCCUGCCUCUCGUCUGCUGCUUCCCAGAAUCCCAAGGCUGCCGGCAUGCUCUCCAAGUCUGUAUCCAUGAGCGGCCUCAAUUACUUCUUUGGCUGCUCAGAUCCAGGGAAUUUAGCCCAGUCUUCUGCUGCUAAACUCAGUGAAAGCUGUAGCCAGCUGGAAGGGAGCUCGGGAACUAAGGCAGGAUCCUCCCUGCGGCGCUCCUUCAGCUUCCUCUGGGCCAUGACCGGAAAGGCCAAGACCCGGGAAAAGGAGAAGAUGAAGGAAGCCAAGGAUGCCCGCUACACCAACGGGCAUCUUUUCACCACCAUCUCCGUCUCGGGCAUGACCAUGUGCUAUGCCUGUAACAAGAGCAUCACCGCCAAGGAAGCCCUCAUCUGCCCAACCUGCAAUGUGACCAUCCACAACCGCUGCAAAGACGCCCUGGCCAACUGCACCAAGGUCAAGCAGAAGCAACAGAAAGCCGCCCUGCUGAAGAACAACACUGCCCUCCAGUCUGUGUCCCUUCGCAGUAAGACAACCACCCGGGAACGGCCAAGCUCUGCCAUCUACCCCUCCGACAGCUUUCGCCAGUCCCUGCUUGGCUCACGUCGUGGCCGCUCAUCCCUGUCGUUAGCCAAGAGUGUUUCCACCACCAACAUUGCUGGUCACUUCAACGAUGAGUCUCCCCUGGGCCUGCGUCGCAUCCUCUCCCAGUCCACCGAUUCCCUCAACAUGCGCAACCGCACCCUCUCAGUGGAGUCCCUCAUUGAUGAAGGGGCAGAGGUGAUCUACAGCGAGUUGAUGAGUGAAUUUGAGAUGGAUGAGAAGGACUUUGCGGCGGACUCCUGGAGCCUGGCUGUGGACAGCAGCUUCCUGCAGCAGCACAAGAAGGAGGUGAUGAAGCAGCAGGACGUCAUUUAUGAGCUGAUCCAGACUGAGCUGCACCAUGUUCGCACCCUGAAGAUCAUGACCCGCCUCUUUCGCACGGGCAUGCUGGAGGAGCUGCAGUUGGAGCCCGCGGUGGUGCAAGGCCUGUUCCCAUUCGUGGACGAGCUCAGCGACAUCCACACGCGCUUCCUCAGCCAGUUGUUAGAUCGCCGGCGCCAGGCUCUGAGCCCGGGCAGCACACGCAACUUUGUCAUCCAUCGCUUGGGAGAUCUGCUCAUCAACCAGUUCUCAGGUCCCAAUGCAGAGCUGAUGCGGAAGACCUAUUCAGAGUUCUGCAGCCGUCACACCAAGGCCUUAAAGCUCUAUAAGGAGCUGUAUGCCCGGGACAAACGCUUCCAGCAGUUCAUUCGGAAAGUGACCCGCUCAGCUGUCCUGAAGCGCCAUGGGGUUCAGGAGUGCAUCCUCUUGGUGACUCAACGCAUCACCAAGUACCCGGUGCUCAUUAACCGCAUCCUGCAGCAUACCCAUGGGCUGGAGGAGGAACGCCAGGACCUGUCUAAGGCACUGGGGCUGGUGAAGGAAUUGCUAUCUAAUGUCGAUCAGGAUGUGCACAAGCUGGAGAAAGAGGCCCGUCUGCUGGAGAUUUACAACCGUAUGGAUCCCCGGGCUCAAACCCCAGUGCCUAGCAAGGGCCCCUUUGGCCGAGAUGAGCUUCAGCGACGCACACUUAUCCAUGACGGCUGUCUUCUCUGGAAGACGGGAACCGGGCGUUUCAAAGAUGUGUUGAUGCUGCUGAUGACAGACGUGCUGGUGUUUCUCCAGGAAAAGGACCAGAAGUACAUCUUCCCAACCCUGGACAAGCCGUCCGUGAUCUCACUGCAGAACCUCAUUGUCAGAGACAUUGCCAACCAGGAGAAAGGGAUGUUCCUUAUCAGCGCGGCGCCUCCGGAGAUGUAUGAGGUUCACACAGCAUCUCGUGAUGAUCGAAGCACCUGGAUCCGUGUCAUUCAGCAGAGUGUUCGUGUGUGUCCAUCUAGGGAGAACUUCCCCCUGAUUGAGACAGAGGAUGAGGCAUAUUUACGGCGAAUCAAAACGGAGCUGCAGCAAAAGGACCGAGCGCUGGUGGAACUGCUGCAGGAGAAGGUGGGGCUGUUUGCUGAGAUGACCCACUUCCAAGUGGAAGACGACAGUGGGGCCGGGGUGCCCCUGCCCACGUUGCCCCGGGGGCUGUUCCGCUCUGAGUCCCUGGAAUCCCCUCGAGGAGAGCGGCUGCUACAGGAUGCCAUCCGAGAAGUGGAGGGCCUGAAAGAUCUACUGGUGGGGCCUGGAGUGGAGCUACUGGCACCCCGAGAGCAGAGUUCGCCCACAGAGCCUGAUGGAGGGGGUGGUACUAGCCCGGCCCUUACUACCAACGGAGAAGCCAGAACUUUGAACGGCUCCAUUGAGCUAUGUAGAGCUGACUCAGACUCUAGCCAGAAGGACCGAAAUGGGAACCAGCUACGAUCCCCCCAGGAGGAAGCUUUGCAGCGACUGGUCAGUCUCUACGGGCUGCUUCAUGGCCUCCAGGCGGCUGUGGCCCAGCAGGACACACUGAUGGAAGCGCGUCUCCCUGAAGGCCCUGAGCAACGGGAGAAGCUGGCCCGGACCAACUCUCGGGAUGGGGAGACUUGCAGGGUGGCGGCCGCCCCCGUGACCCCGGAGAAGCAGGCCACAGAGCUGGCACUGCUGCAGCGACAACACGCGCUCUUGCAGGAGGAGUUGAGGCGCUGCAGGCGGCUGGGAGAGGAGCGGGCCACAGAGGCCUGCAGCCUGGAGGCGCGGCUGAGAGAGAGUGAGCAGGCCCGGGCCCUGCUGGAGCGUGAGGCCGAGGAGGCCCGCCAGCAGCUGGCUGCGCUGGGCCACACAGAACCCACCUUAGCCGAGGCGCCCUGGGCACGCAGGCCACUGGACCCUCGACGCCGCAGCCUCCCUGCGGGCGAUGCCCUGUAUGUGAGCUUCAACUCACCGCAGUCCAGCCGAGGCCACGAGCACUUGGACCUACCUGUGACUCUGCGCUCCAUCCAUCGACCUUUUGGGGAGCGGGAGAGGCCGGAGCUGGGUAGCCCAGAGGAGCGGCUGCAGGACAGCAGUGACCCUGACACAGGCAGCGAGGAGGAGGGCUGCAGCCGCCUCUCGCCUCCCCACAGUCCCCGAGAUUUCAGUCGAAUGCAGGACAUCCCGGAAGAGACGGAGAGCCGUGACGGGGAGCCUGUGACUUCAGAGAGCUAAGGGGGGGGGCCCUCCCUCCUACCUUGUGCCCCCCAGAACAUGACUGAGGGUGGCAAAGCUUGGCGGCUGCCACUUGCCAAUCCUGAGGAAACAUGUAGUGCCAGAACUGCUGCCCGCCUUGCCAGCUCAGGGGAUCCUUGGAUACCUGGAGCCUUUUAGGAAACCUGGGGUGCAGCCACCGCGCCCCUGAUGGCAUCCAGAAGCAACACCACCGAUGCCAGUUUUUCAUGCCUCAUCCCUCUGACUUAGGAAACUUUAUUUAUUUAUUUGUUUAUUCAUUAUAGAGGGAGAGGGGGAGAUUGAAAGGACCAGGGACACGGGAACCAAGCCAUAGCGAUCGGGGGGCCUUGUUCUUGAACACUACUGGGGUUUCUUCAGGCUUCACCUGCAGCUGCUGGGUUUAACUCUGACACCCCCUCCAGCAAUAUCUGGCUUUCAGGGGUUUGGGGGUCUGUAGAUCCAGGACAGUAGCCUCUUGCUGCUGCCCACUUUCCCCACCCUCCCACCCCCCAUCUGCCAUGGGAAUCCUGGGAGAGAACGUGGCUUCCCAGAGCAGAUGAAACCAUCAAGCCAUGGUUGGUGGAAGGGCUGCAGGGAGAAAACCCACAGGGACCAGAAUGUUGUUGUUUUUAUUUUUUUCUGUUGUUCUUUUUUUUUUUUUUGUACCAAAGCCAACUGCACGUGUUAUAUAUUUUUAAGAAGAUUGUAGGUAAUUUGACAUUGCGGCCUCUAUCUCCGCAUCUCUGAAGAACUCGAGAGAUGGGGUUUCCAUGACUUCCCCCCUCAGUGACAGUUGCAAGGGGGGGGGGGACCUACUCUGACCUCUUCCCCAGUUAUUUGGGAAAAAGCAUUCUAGGGUGAAUCAGGAAUCUUGGAAAAGCCUGAAUUCACUCUCACCUCAGCAACCAGGGCCUGAAACCUCUGUGAAUUAGGGGAAUUUUUUUUCUAAUAUUCCCUCCCACCAGUGCCCAGAACCCCCAGAUAUUUUUUUCCAAUUUGAUUGUAAAAUGGAUAAAGCAGGGAAUAUUAAAAUACCUGGAAACCCAUGAAA